GCUCGCGCAAUAUUCAGCGAACUGCGGCGGGAAGUCCGGUCGGAGAAUCGGCCCCGGCGGGUUGAGAUAUUUAAAGGUCAUCGCGGCGCACGGCAGGCAGUGUACCUUCGUCUGUGUCCCCGUGCACUUCCCAUCGGCUGCCGAGGAGACCGCUGUGUUCAGAAUGAGUGUGAAUCUUGCGAUGCUGGUCCUUGUGGGGGUGUGCUCUGCCCUCCCCGCUAAACUACCCCACGGCACACCAGGGGACGUUGCAACUGGGUACGCCACACCAGGACAUGCCACAGCAGGGCAUGGCGCACCAGGUCACGGCAUCCCUGCCGGGCAUAACUUCUCCUUCCAGUCGAGCUCAUCCUCGUCCAGCUCUGGUUCAUCAUCAAGCCAGAACUCAUCUUCGGCUAGUUUUUCAUCGUCGUCUUCUGGGUUUAACUUCGACAGCUCUUCGUCCAACUCGGACUCUUCUUCUUCAGAUAGCUCCUCUUCGUCCUCAUUCUCAGGAUCUGGAUUUGGCAACUUCCAAGGAGCAGGAGGCUUCUUUGGCAAUGGAGGACUGCCCAAAGUUGAAGGAGUCUCAAGCCAAGGAGGCUUCCACGCUCUCAACAACUUCCUUGGUUCUAACGGAUUCAACGCCAUUUCUGGGUUGUUUGGCGGCAACAGAGGAACUCACGGCCAUGGCUCCUCUGCUGGGUCGCAGGCAUCAUUCGCUGGGGCAGCAGCACAUGCAGGUGGAUCAGCUGCCGGCUCUCAGGCAGGCGUCCAUGGAGUAAAUGGAGGCAGCACGAGUGGUGUUCACACAGUUGCUGGGUCAUCUGCUGGCACUCAAGGAUCAACGGGUGUGGCUCUUGGAUCUUCUAACUUCCAGUCUGGAACACAAGGCUCAAAUUCAGGAGCCCAAGCAUCCUCUGCUGGAGUCCAGUUUGGCACUCAUGGGUCCACUGCCGCAACCCAAGGAGUUUCAGGUAUCACGCACACUGGAACACAAGGAUCAGCUGUUGGAGUCCAAGGGUCUGUGACUGCUGGCCAGUCUCAAGGAUUAGCUACUGGAACCUUGGAAUUAUCCGGUGAAUCCCAGGUUGGAACCCAAGGCUAUUCAGCUGGAUCUUCAGUCCAUUCCCAGUCUGGAGAGGCAAGUGCUCAGGGAUCUUCUAAUACCCAAUCUGGAACACAGGGCUCUGCUGCCGGAGGAUUUGGAUUGUCUGCAGGAGUACAAGGCUCUGCUGGAAAUCAAGGAUCCUCUGUUGGUGUUCAUUCAAACACAGAAGGAUUGACUAUUGGCAGCCAAGGCUUUACUGGUGAAACCCAAACUGGAACCCAGGAACUUUCCGGUGAAUCCCAGUUUGGAACCCAAGGACUUUCUGGUGAAUCCCAGUUUGGAACCCAGGGAUAUUCAGCUGGAUCUUCCAUCGAUUCGCAGGCUGGCACUGUAGGAGCAAGUACUGGAACUCAGGGGUCUUCCUUAGGUCUUCAGGGAACGGAAGGAUCAGAUUUUGGAAUCCAAGGAUCCUCAACUGGAACACAAGGAUUUACUGGAACUCAACACUCUGCCACUGGUUUCCAAUCAAAUGCGCAAGGAUCAAGUUUUGGAACCCAAGGAUUUUCCGGUGAAACCCAGGUCGGAACCCAAGGAUUUUCCGGUGAAACCCAAGUCGGAACCCAAGGAUUUUCCGGUGAAACCCAGGUCGGAACCCAAGGAUUUUCCGGUGAAACCCAGGUCGGAACCCAAGAAUUUUCUGGUGAAACCCAGGUCGGAACCCAAGGAUUUUCCGGUGAAACCCAGGUCGGAACCCAAGGAUUUUCCGGUGAAACCCAGGUCGGAACCCAAGGAUUUUCCGGUGAAACCCAGGUCGGAACCCAAGGAUUUUCCGGUGAAACCCAGGUCGGAGCCCAAGGAUCUUCCGGCGUAUUCCAGGUCGGAACCCACGGAAUUUCUGGCGAAUCCCAAGUUGGAACUCACGGAUAUUCAGCCGGGUCUUCGGAUAAUUCCCAGUCUGGCGCUGGAGAGGCAAGUGGCGCCACUGAGGGAUCUUCAUUCAACACUCAUAUUGGUAUUCAGGGAUCAACUGCUGGGGCUCAAGGAUCAUCCGCUGGAGCACAGGCGUCUGCCACGGGUUUCCAGUCAGAUGCUGGAGCCCAAGGAUUUUCUGGAGAGUCCCAUUUCGGAAGCCAAGGAUCAUCAGGCGUAUCUGAAGUUGGAAGCCAAGGAUUUUCUGGCGAGUCCCAAUUUGGAAGCCAAGGAUUUUCUGGAGUAGCCCAGAUUGGAGGCCAAGGAUCUUCUGGUGUAUCUCAAGUUGGAAGUCAAGGAUUUUCUGGCGAGUCCCAAUUUGGAAGCCAAGGAUUUUCUGGAGUAGCCCAAGUUGGAGGCCAAGGAUCUUCUGGAGUAACCCAAGGCUAUUCAUCUGGAGAUUCAUCUGAUUCCCAGUUUGGAACCCAAGGAUCCUCUGGAGUCGCUCAGUUUGGAAGCCAAGGAUCUUCUGGAGUGGCCCAGGUUGAAGGCCAAGGAUCUUCUGGCGUAUUUCAAGUUGGAAGCCAAGGAUUUUCUGGAGUAGCCCAGGUUGGAAGCCAAGGUUCUUCAGGUGUAACUCAAGUUGGAACCCAAGGCUAUUCAUCUGGAGCUUCAUCUGAUUUCCAAUCUGGCACUGAGGGAGCAACUGCCGUAAUUCAAGGAUCUUCACUGAAUACCCAGACUGGUACACAAGGAUCAAUCACUGGAAUUCAGGGAUCUUCAGUCGGAAUUCAGGGAUCUCUCGGAUCCCAGGCUGGCAGUCAUGGAGUAAAUAUAGCAACUCAUGGGGUUUCUAUCGACUCGUCCUCUGAAACCCAGGGAUCGUCGGGUGAAUACCAGGAAUCAUUCGAUGGUACCCAGGACCUCUCCAGUGGUUUGCAAAUCGGCUCUCAGGGAUCAGACGGUGAAUUCCACGCAUCCUUCGGCGCUGGUAUUCAGAGCACCCACUCUGGCACGACUGGAUCAAAUCAGGCCACGUCCGGGACGCAGGAUUCUUCUCUCGGGAAGGAAAUCACGUUCCCUGGACCAGCUUCUGGACCCGGCGCAUCCUUCGAGGAUUUCCAGCAGUCUUCCCUCGGGUCUCAGUUCCCCCUCGACGUUCAACAGGUUGUCCAAGGGUCAUCCUUUGACGAUAUCUCGCAGAGUUACCUUCCACCAGAUGAGCAGUGAUGCGCUUCGAACUUGUUUCAGCUUUGUUUCUAGUCGUUCAGGUUUUGACGUGAGAAAAGCUUGUGCUGAUGACCAGUAUUAACCGGUAUUCCAUGUACACUUGUUGGAAUAAAGCGUGUUUUGUGUUACCAUGAUAUUGAGGUAUGAUUUCUCUUUGAUACAUUACUUCAUGCGGUGAAGUAUCCUGGAACAUUAAAAUUUUCCCAUAUUCA